CAGUCAAGUGGAGGCUGCUGCUGACACGCGUCUGAAUGACAUGCCUGACUAAUGAGUCCACAGAGCAAUAAUCUUCAUCAAAUGAUACUAAAAUACUCUUGAACUGCGUGUACAAAUCAAGGAGGUGAAGAAGGCCACAAAUUCUCCACAAUCAUGCUGAAGCAGUUUAACAUCUUAAAGCAGUUUGGAAAUGGGGGGAAGUCACAAGAUGCAACUGACCUUCUCUCAGAUGAUCUGGUUUUGGUUGAACAGCGUGUGGAGCCAGCCAAGAAAGCUGCCCAGAUCAUCCAUAAGAAGUUGGUGGGUUGCCUGCAGAGUCAGCAGGGCCUGGACUCAGAGAGACGAAUGAAAAAGUUACCCCUUAUGAUGUUGUCUGUCAGUAUGGCUGAGAGCAUCAAGGAUUUCGAUGGCGAUUCUUCUAUAAGGAAAGUUCUGGAAAUGUGCUGCUUCAUGCAAAAUACCCUGGCGCAGACUUUGGCUGACUUUGAAAUGAAAUUGGAGAAAGAAGUUCUUGUGCCUCUGAAUAAGCUUAGUGAGGAGGACUUGCCAGAAAUCUUGAAAAACAAAAAGCAGUUUGCUAAACUUACUACAGACUGGAAUAAUGCUCGUACCAGAUCUGAGACCAGCACAGGCCCACAGGCCAAGCAGCACGGACUGAGGGAAGAUGUGGAGGAGGCCUGGAGAAGACUGGAGUCUAUUAAGGAUCAGUACUCUGCAGACCUCUAUCAUUUUGCCUCUAAGGAGGAUGACUAUGCCAGCUACUUUACCCGUCUUCUAGAACUACAAGCUGAAUAUCACAAGGCUUCAUAUGAUUUCCUGGAGAGAAACAUAACUGAGCUCAAGGAGAGUCACAGCCACACAGAGACGCUGGUGAGUUCCUCCGAAAAUAAGGUAUUUGGAGAGCCGCUGCUGUCUCACCUUCAGAGCUGCGGGAGGAAGAUUGCUGUCCCCAUUGAGGAGUGUGUGAACAUGCUGUUACGUACAGGACUCAGGGAGGAGGGGCUGUUCAGGUUAGCAGCCGCAGCGUCUGUUAUGAAAAAAUUGAAAAGCAGUCUGGAUUCAGGCACAGUCGACCACACUGAGUUUAGUUCUGACCCUCAUGCUGUUGCAGGUGCUCUUAAAUGUUACUUGCGAGAGCUGCCUGAGCCGCUCAUGACAUUUGAACUAUAUGAUGACUGGUUUGAAGCUGCAGGAGAAAAAGAAACGGAUGAAAAACUAAAGCUGCUGCGGACAGCAUUGCAAAAACUUCCCACAGAAAACUAUAACAAUCUUAGAUACCUUAUUCAGUUCCUGUCACAAUUAUCAGAGCAGCAAGCAGUGAAUAAGAUGACACCCAGUAACAUUGCCAUUGUGCUUGGUCCUAAUCUGCUGUGGCCUCGCUGUGAGGGAGAGACAUCAUUGCUGGACAUGGCAUCUGCUUCUUCAGUGCAAGUUGUGACUAUCAUAGAGCCGCUUAUACAGCAUUCCAAAAGCCUCUUCCCAGAAGAAGCUGAUUUUGAGGUCCCAGAACUCCCUGAAAGCCCGCUCUCAACAACAUCCCAAAGACCUCUUUCUGACAGCAUCCUACCUUCUCCCCCUUUUUCCUCCAGUCGACCAUCCUUAUCAAAAACUGACAGCUCAGCCUCCUCUGAUGACUUUGGGGUGACAAUAGUUGUUAAAACGGCUCCUGUGAACCGCGAUGCUGUUGUGUGGGACAACGAUUCUGAUCCAAUCGAUCAGCCACUGACACAGGAUCACAUGCCCACAGCACUUCCUCGUUACACUCCGGUACUCACUCUGAGCCAAUCACAGGUUAUGCCAGAGAUCUCCAGCAUAUCGGAGCCAACUCAGGAUCUGGCCUCCCAGGAGCCCACAUUGAAGAUUGCUGCUCCUUAUAAACCAAGGAGGUCAUUCAUCCAACACAAGGCACCAAACUACACCAAAGGCCUUCUUGUAAGCCCAGCAAUGUCAUUCCCAACAGCCCAGACAAAGACGCCCCCUGUUCCAUUGCCUAGAGGCUCAGAGAUAAAACCACCACUUUCACCCAAGCCAGAAACCACGUUAGUACCACUGCCUACAUUACCUGAAGGAGGACCACCAAAGAAACCCCAAGGCAGAAGACCCAAAGUUCCUCCUCCACAACCACCGCAAGCACUGAACAAGCAGCUCUCAUCCCCAGCUCAGUGAAGCCCAAAGGAUACUUCAUUUCUUUAUCUGUAUGUUAGCAUAUGUGUGCAGUAGCUUGCACAGCCUUUCAGAAUUACUCUGUGUGACAGCGUGCACACAGACACUCAACCCAUGUGCAAGAGAAAGAUUCAUGUCAGUGUCUCCUUGUGUGAUUAAUGGCCAGUUAAAAAGAGAUUUUGACGCCAUACAUUUGGCAUCGGGGAUGUAUAACUCUAGGGAUUAAGUCCAGCUCAAUCUCAACCCAAACACACCUGUAAAUUAUGGGUGCUUCUCAAUGUCCUUAAUCAUUUUCUUAUUCCUCUGUCCUACGACAGCAAACACUGAUCAAGUUCCGCCAUCUUGUAGGUGUCUUGUAGCCAUCUUAAUUCUCUAAAUGCACCUUAUGAAGUCAUGAGAGAGGAUUCUUUGGGGAUGUUUUAUUGACUAAACAUGACCCGGUUAUGUUUUCAAAUUUCCUUUUUUAGGGCACAAAUUAAAAGCAGUUAAUGACAUAUUAAUUUGUUCAUUGUUGAAGUCUAAAAGUUGAUGCACUUCCAAAUUAAAUGGAAUUUUAAAUAGGGGGCGGGGAUUUCUUUUUUGCGCAUCAUUGCCUCAUAGCAAACACAACGAAUGUUGUGGCUAAAGCCGUCAAACUGAAGUCAACACAGAAGGACCAUCUCUCCAAACUUUGAUUGAAGAUUACCAAAACUAAAAAUUUUUUGUGGAUUAACUUGCACUGAUAAAUUGCUCAACAGAAGAAAAUAUUUUGAUUUCAUAAAUUUUUAUUUAUAUAACCGAUUUUAGUUAAACAGGUUUUGUGGAGGUUGAAACCAGUACAAUAUAAAUGAUAAUCUUUAAUAUUCAAGAAUCCUGAAAUGCAACCAAAAUCAGUGGUGUAGGCUAUUCAUUAAAUGAGGAUGCCUUGAAAUGAUGCUAAAAGAAAGUGAGGAUAUAUCACAUCACUUGAUUAAGUUCCUCUAUCCUCGCAUCUUUUCCUUAGCUCCACCCCUUCAAGGACCCAAGGUAAUGACGCAAGACACAAGGAAAGGAAAUGAGGAUAUACAAAUAAGAUUUGAGAAGCACCCUAUGUUUGAUAAGAGAUGAGGCUAAGCUCUUUGCUUGUUCCAAAUGUUAUAUAUCGCCUUUCAAGUGGCACUUUGAAGAAAAAACUAUCAUGGCCGCCAUAUUAAAGUGUCAUUACAAACAAAUGUGCUAAAACCUGGCCACUUUAAAGGGCCAAUAGGCAUUAGGGAUUUCAAAGGGUACAGCUAAUGGACACUUAUGAUCCUUUGCACAGAGAAGAUGUUUGGUGUCACACACUGCUUUCUAUUCGUAUGGGCUCAUCCCUAUGCCUUAAACUAUUCAAAGCUGUCCCUUUGGAGGGUAAAUGCAUUGAAGGCACAAAGGCAUAGGGGUAAACCCUUCUGAAUGUAAUACAGUAACUGUAUAGCACAGGAGCCAAACUCAGUUCCUGGAGGGCUGCAGCUCUGCACAGUUUGGUUCCAAAACUAAUUAAACACACCUGAUUAAACUAAUUGAGUCCUUCACUCUUGUUUGAAACCUCCAGGUAAAGCUGCAGUCACACUGGGCUUUUUCUUCCAUAGACUUCCAUUCAUACGCACGCGAAUGCGUCAGACAGGACACGCAGGGUCAUGCGUUAAGUUUCGCAGUUUGCUGCAGUGCAAAGUUCAAGCUUGGUGAACUCUGACCUGCAAAAUCGCAUCACUUGACUGAGUGAGAGCAAUCGAGGAUCAAAACACAACCUCUCUGGACAGAAAUUUAAAACUUGGAGCAAUCGCUCGCUUUUUUUAAUGUCUAAUCAUCUUGUUUAAUCCCACCCCUUUUCGCAGUGCCGCACGACAGUAUUUCGCACACACAAAGCCCAGUGUGACCGCAGCUUAAAGGUGCGGUCACACUUGACUUUUCUUCCCAUAGACUUCCAUUCAUACGCACGCGAAUGCGUCAGACCGGAAACGCGGGGUCAUGCGUCGAGUUUCGCAUGUUGCUGCGGUGCAAAGUUCAAGCUUGGUGAACUCUGACCUGCGAAAUCGCAUCACUUGACUGCGUGAGAGCAAUUGAGGAUCAAAACAGGACCUCUCUGGGCAAAAAUGUAAAACAUGGAGCAAUCGCUCGCUUUUUUAAAUGUCUAAUAAGCUUGUUUGAUCCCGCCCCUUUUCGCAGCGCCACACGACAGAAUUUCGCACACACAAAGCCCGGUGUGACCGUAGCUUGAGUGUGUUGAAGCAGGGCUGGAACUAAACUGUGCACGGCUGCUACCAUUUCAGGAAGUGAGUUUGACACCCCUGCUGUAUAGUAUAGUGACCCUCCAGUAUCUGGGUUGCCAUAGAGCAGUGGUUCUCAUUUUCAGUCCUGCGUAUUUUAGCUUCAAACCCAAUCAGACACACAUGGGCUAGCUAAUCAAGCUCUUACUAGGCAUUCUAGAAACAUCCUUGCAGGUGUGUUGAGGCAAGUUGGAGCUAAAAUCUGCAGGACACCGGACCUCCAGGACCAAGUUUGAGAAGCCCUAGGGUGUCAUGGUGGUUUGUUAACAGGUUCUGUGACAUUGACCAAAAGGAACAAAGGUUUUCCAUACACCACUUUCAGACUUGAUGAAAAGAGAUAACGCUGCUAUCUGGAAACACAACGCAUUAACCAUUGCUUGUUUUCAGAAGUUACUCAUUAGUUCCACCUUCUCAUUUACAUCAUCAGCAAUAAUUUGCCAAGAUGCAAUGUGUUAUCUGAUUCUGAGAUUUCAUUUUAAUGACAGAACAAGAUUUUUGUAAUCAAAACCACAUAAUCUGACACAAUUGUAACUAAGUAGGUGCUACGUUUAAAUUGGAGCUCACUUCAUUGUUCCAUAUAGUAUGACUAUCAAUAGUGUAAAUCAGGGGUGUUCACUCAUGGUCCUGGAGGGCCAUUGUCCUGCAGAGUUUAGUUCCAACCCCAAUCAGACACACCUGGGCUAGCUAAUCAAGUUCUUUCUAGGCUUUCUAGAAACAUUCUUGUAGGUGUAUUGAGGCAAGUUGGAGCUAAAAUCAGCACCGGCCCUCCAGGACUGAGUUUGGACACCCCUGGUGUAAAUGAAAUUCUGACAUACUAAAUACACCAUGUUGUCCUUAUCACAUGACUUAUUGUACCCAAUAUUCUUUUUUUUUUAGCUCCUCUCUCAAAUGUGCACUUCAGAAUCUCUUUGGAAGUAAUAGAUCUCUCUUGUCUAGUAGUAGGUAGUGUACUCCUCUGAUGUUUUUCGAUGCUAUGCAUUUGGACAUACUAAUAGUCCUACAUGCUGAUUUUCCUGAUAUUAGGGAAUUUAGUGCACAAAAUAAAAUUACUAUAGUCUGAACGCAGCAUUACACAUCCUAAAAAGUGAAGCCAAAAUAUUUUGAUGGUGGCUGGCUGCAUUAAAAAUCAUUACCAUCCUAGUAUACACAUAAACACAGAAGUAUGCUUUGGGUCUGAGUCUUGGAAAGUCGACUGGAAAAAGCACUGGUUUGUUAUGACAUCUAACUCUUUGCACUGCUUGUCCAUGUGCACAUGCAUUUCAUUCACUACUGUUUAAAAGUUUGAGGUCUGUUAGAUUUUAUUUUUUUUUUAAAUGUCCCAUGUGUUCAUUAAAGCUAGAUUUAUUUGAUUAAAACUACAGAAAAAACACAAUUGUAAAAUAAUACAAUUAAAAAUAGCAGUUUUCUGUUCAUCUUAAUUUUAAACAGUCAUUAAUUUAGACUUUAACCCUUAACUGUUGGAUGUUUUCACCCACUCUGGGGUGAUUUUAAAGGGCACUUAUGGUGAAAAAUCUACAUUUCAAGCUGUUUGGACAGAAAUGUGUGUAAGUAUAGUGUAUAGACAGUCAUAUUGGGGUGAAUUAAACACACCCAGUCCUUUUUUUCAAAUUUAACAACAUAAAAACGGUGGACCAAUUGAAGUGGUUCUCAGAUCGACCGCAACUUUAUGUAGGAGUGCGGUCCCCCCGCCAACCAAUAUUGAUUGACAGCUGCGUGCAUUAACAUGUCCGGUAGUCACAUGUAUAAUCAUAUCAUCAAGAGAGGACGCGCGCAAAUCAACCGGGAAUAAAAGGUGUGUUCAGUUCGCUAGGAUCAUCAAUCAUCAUCAAACGUGAUCAAGAGUGAAGGUGCGGUCACACUUGACUUUUCCUUCCAUAGACCUCCAUUCAUACGCACGCGAAUGCGUCAGACCGGAAACGCGGGGUCAUGCGUCGAGUUUCGCAGGUUGCUGUGGUGCAAAGUUCAAGCUUGGUGAACUCUAACCUGCGAAAUCGCAUCACUUGACUGCGUGAGAUGAAUCGAGCAUCAAAACAGGACCUCUCUGGACAGAAAUUUAAAACAUGGAGCAAUCGCUCACUUUAUUAAUGUCUAAUCAUCUUGUUUAAUCCCGCCCAUUUUCGCAGCGCCGCACGACAGAAUUUCGCACACACAAAGCCCGGUGUGACCGUAGCUUGAGUUUUACAAGUUUAAAAUGUCUUAAAACAGUGCACGUGUGUAAUGAAUUACAGCGAUUCACUUCAGAUGCACUUAAUCAGCACAGCUGCGUCAGAACAAUUAUAAAGGAAGACGCUUCAAUCGCGGUUUGUGGACGUUAAAUCAGGUUUAUUUUGUACAUUAAUAUAAGAGAUAUCCAUACAGCAGUGGAGAUUACCAGUAUCAUGUCAUAUAUGCGUGCAAAACGAGUGCAAAGCUUGCUGUCUCUUUCUCUCGCUCUCUGUGUGUGUGUGUGUGUGUCUGUGUGUCUGAGCUAUGUGUGCGUAUAUAUGUGUCUGCGCUGUGUUUGUGUCCUUGCUCAGCAAGGCUUGCUGUGUGUGUGUGUGUGUGAACUUUGUAAUGACAUUGUGUGUGACUCAUUGUUGCAAAUCCACAAAAAAAUGCAUCAAAUAGUGAUUGUUAAAGUUCUUACUGUAGUAUUUCUCACACACGUUACGUGAGAUCUGCUUCCUGAGUCAGCCGAGGGCGGCGAUUGCUGACAGGCACGUGGGAACGAUGGGCAGUGAGGACUAGCCUUAAAGGGCCAGUACAUAAAAACAGCGAAACUUUUUUUCCAGCUAUAAUAUAGACACUUCUAACAGCUAUAAUAAAUAAUCUGAUGCGUGUUUUGAGCUGAAACUUGACAGACACAUUCUGGGGACACAAAAGACUUAUAUUAAAUAUAAAAAAAAGGGGUAACCUAUGUGCCCUUUAAGUCUUAAUUCGGCCAUCACUUUUUCUGUGUUUCAGCUGAUUUUAGGUGACAAAUCGUAUCUUGCUAUGUUAGGGAUGAAAACAUCCACUAAAUUAAACUGCUGUAAAAAUGCAUCAGACAAUUUAGUAGUUUUGAUCAGGA